AUGACAGGCUUGGCGCGACGAUCGGGGGCAGUGUUUCACCGCGAUGCUAGCACAAGGAGAGGUCGCAACAACAACUCCUUCCAGACAUGGACCCGCGACAACAAUCUGGUUAGGAAGAGAAGGAUCACAAGUCAAGGACACAUGGCAGACACUCUCCACAACGCGCCCAUUGUGCUGGACAACGGCAGCGGCACCAUCAGAGCUGGUUUCGCCGGAGAAGACGCGCCCAAAUGUUAUUUCCCAUCCUACGUCGGCCGUCCCAAGCACUUGCGCGUUCUGGCUGGCGCGCUUGAGGGCGAUGUCUUCAUCGGCCAGAAAGCACAAGAGCUGCGCGGUCUGCUCAAGAUUCGUUAUCCCCUGGAGCAUGGAAUCGUUACCGACUGGGACGACAUGGAGAAGAUCUGGCAACAUGUCUACACCGAAGAGCUCAAGACACUGAGUGAAGAGCACCCUGUCCUUUUGACCGAGCCGCCGCUCAACCCUCGCUCCAACCGCGACACUGCCGCCCAGAUUCUGUUCGAGACAUUCAACGUCCCUGCCCUCUACACGUCCAUCCAAGCUGUAUUGUCCCUCUACGCCUCAGGCAGAACCACGGGUAUUGUCCUGGAUGCUGGGGAUGGUGUAUCGCAUGCAGUACCGGUCUACGAAGGCUUUGCUAUCAAUAACAGCAUCCGUCGCAUCGACGUUGCAGGUCGAGAUGUCACGGAGCACCUGCAGACACUACUUCGCAAGUCUGGGUACAUCUUUCACACCAGCGCCGAGAAGGAGGUCGUGCGCAUGAUCAAGGAAAAGACAAGUUACCUGGCUCUUGAUCCCAAGAAGGAAGAGAAGGACUGGGCUACAGGCAAUGCCAGACAGGACGGCAAGACGGUUGAAUACACCCUUCCUGAUGGUCAGAAGCUCAAGAUUGGCCCCGAGAGGUUUAGAGCCCCCGAGAUUCUUUUUGAUCCCGAGAUCAUUGGUCUCGAAUAUCCUGGUGUUCACCAGAUCAUUGUUGAUGCCAUCAGCCGUACCGACAUGGACCUGAGGAAAUCUCUCUAUGCAAACAUCGUCUUGUCAGGAGGUUCGACCUUGACCAAAGGCUUCGGCGAUCGUUUGCUGCACGAGGUGCAACGUCUGGCUGUCAAGGACAUGCGCAUCAAAAUCUUCGCUCCACCAGAGCGCAAGUACAGCACAUGGAUCGGUGGCAGUAUUCUGGCUGGUCUCAGCACUUUCAGAAGAAUGUGGGUCAACAUUGACGACUGGCAUGAGAACCCCGAAAUCAUCCAUACCAAGUUUGCGUGAUGCCUGACGCGAAUCUUGCAAUACUUGACGACAAAGACAUGACCACUUCCUCGACGGGACUGACAACACAUCUCCGCAACACAUCCUCUCGGCACACUGGUUGUGACACCUCAUCGCUCCUCCCCAAUUUCUCAAACGCCUGGCCUGGCCUGGACCAUCAAGCAUACGAGUCACCGUCGAGCAAUCCGCUCAAGCACCUGACCGAAAACGCUUGAACUUUCCCACUCCAGCCAUGCUAUCCUGAGCAUCUCCCCCGCAUUGCGGCAUCUCGUCUAAAGGCCGUUUCUCUCUUCUGGAAAGCAAGAUCUGGCCCUGGAUGCGGAGAAAGGUUCAGGCCAAGGAGAACCUACGCUGCGCUCUCCUUUCACGGCAAGUCGCUCCCCGAAUCGACCAUAACACGGUCCAUG